CAAACCGGGGCACCACACCCCAACACACCACCAUGGCCUCGGAAGCGCCGCCCCAGCUCGACGAGCCCGCCCCCGACGCCCACGCUCACCACGCCGACAGCAGCGCCGAUGCAGCCCAGAAGCAGGCCGUCAAGCGGUCGUGGAGGCGCAAGUUCCGCAAGAUGCGCAUCCAGUUCGACAACGCCAUGAGCGAGAGCAACCGGCUGAUCAUGGACGAGUGGAAGGCCAUGGGCACGGCGCGCCGCCUGCAGCAGGAAAACGACCAGCUGCUCGACGCCCUGCUCGACUUCAACGACCAGCCACGCGUCGCCGCCCGCCACCGCUUCGACCUGCGCGACAUCCCGCACUACGACACGGCCCUGCCCUCGCUCGAGCCCGCCGUCACGUCGCUGCCCGGCACCGUCCCGCCCCACACCAUCAAGUCGCUGGCUACCCUCGAGGCCCGCGUCCCCCACACGGCCCGCCACGACCUCAACGCCCACGCCCCCGACGCCCUCCCCAUCGACCUCUCCGACACCGCCCCGGGCUACAUGUCGCCCGCCCACGAGGAGGAAAACCUACUCACCCUCGACCAAACCUUCGACCUCCCCGACUUCGACACAAUGCUGCACCAAGGCCGCCUCCCGCGCGUCCCCUCCUCCCACCCGCCCCUCAGCGAAAAAGACCUCACAGUCCGCAACCCAGACAGCGUCUACAGCUGGCUGCGCAAACACCAGCCCCAGGUCUUCCUGCAGGACAAGGACGCCGCACACCACGACAACAUGUCCGAGAAGGCUGCGCCUAAGACGGCAGCCGCGAGCAGCAGGAAGGGGAAGCGCGAGUCUGUCCUUGGUGGGGGCACGCCGGGCCCGCGUGAUCAUGAUGAUGAGGAUUCGGGACUCGCGCCUGAGACGGCGAAGGGGAGAAGGAAAACUGGCGGUGGUGCGGCGGGGGGUGAUGAUGAUACUGCGUAUCGCCCUAAAGGCGGGAGCAGUCGCCCUGCUAAGCGCAAGCGUGAAGACGGUGAUCCAGCCGUCAAAUCAAAGAAGAAGAUUCGCCCCAGCGCGGGUCCGCCUGCAGCCUGA